CGUUGGGUGAAGACCGGGGGAAAAAGGUUGCGCUGCAAAUCUCAAGAUCUCGGGACCUGGGUUAUUCUUCAGGAAAAAAUGGUUAUUUCUUUGAACUCAUGCCUGGGCUUUAUCUGUUUAUUGUUAUGCCACUGGAUUGGGACAGCAUCACCUCUGAAUCUUGAAGACCCUAAUGUGUGUAGCCACUGGGAAAGCUACUCGGUGACUGUGCAAGAGUCAUACCCACAUCCCUUUGAUCAAAUUUACUACACUAGCUGCACUGACAUCCUGAACUGGUUUAAAUGUACACGGCACAGAAUCAGUUAUCGGACAGCCUAUCGACAUGGGGAAAAAACCAUGUAUAGGCGCAAAUCCCAGUGUUGUCCUGGAUUUUAUGAAAGCGGGGAAAUGUGUGUUCCCCACUGUGCUGAUAAAUGUGUCCACGGUCGCUGCAUUGCUCCAAACACCUGUCAGUGUGAGCCUGGCUGGGGAGGGACCAACUGCUCCAGUGCCUGCGAUGGUGAUCACUGGGGGCCCCACUGCAGCAGCCGGUGCCAGUGCAAAAACAGGGCUCUGUGCAACCCCAUCACGGGGGCUUGCCACUGCGCUGCAGGCUUCCGGGGUUGGCGCUGCGAGGACCGUUGCGAGCAGGGCACCUAUGGUAAUGACUGUCACCAGCGGUGCCAGUGCCAGAACGGUGCCACCUGCGACUACGUCACGGGAGAAUGCCGCUGCCCACCGGGAUACACCGGAGCCUUCUGUGAGGAUCUUUGCCCCCCUGGCAAACAUGGUCCGCAGUGCGAGCAGAGGUGCCCCUGCCAGAAUGGAGGAGUGUGUCAUCAUGUCACCGGAGAGUGCUCUUGCCCAUCUGGCUGGAUGCUUGAAAGGUGCCAGGACGAGUGUCCAGUUGGGACCUUCGGAGUUCGCUGUGCUGAGACCUGCCAGUGUGUUAAUGGUGGGAAGUGUUACCAUGUGAGUGGGACGUGCCUCUGUGAAGCAGGCUUUGCUGGUGAGCACUGUGAGGCCCGCCUGUGUCCAGAGGGACUCUAUGGCAUCAGGUGUGACAAGUGGUGCCCCUGCCAUCUGGACAACACUCAUAGCUGUCACCCCAUGUCUGGAGAGUGUGCCUGCAAGCCGGGCUGGUCGGGACUCUACUGUAAUGAGACAUGCUCUCCUGGAUUCUACGGAGAAGCUUGCCAACAGAUCUGCAGCUGCCAAAAUGGGGCUGACUGUGACAGUGUGACUGGGAAGUGCACCUGUGCCCCGGGAUUCAAAGGAACUGACUGCUCUACCCCAUGCCCUCUGGGAACCUAUGGGAUAAAUUGUUCCUCUCGCUGUGGCUGUAAAAACCAUGCUGUCUGUUCUGCUGUGGAUGGGUCUUGUACUUGCAAGGCAGGCUGGCAUGGAGUGGACUGCUCCAUCAGCUGUCCCAGUGGCACGUGGGGCUUUGGCUGUAACUUAACAUGCCAGUGUCUCAACGGAGGAGCCUGCAACACCCUGGACGGGACCUGCACAUGUGCACCUGGCUGGCGCGGGGAGAAAUGUGAACUUCCCUGCCAGGAUGGCACAUAUGGGCUGCACUGUGCUGAGCGCUGUGACUGCAGCCACGCGGAUGGCUGUCACCCCACCACGGGCCAUUGCCGCUGCCUCCCCGGAUGGUCAGCCGGGAAGUUUAUCGAGCUAACAGUGGUCCUGGAAGAAGAAGGUUUUUGCUCAUGA